AUGAGGACCUCGUACACGAUCAUCGUCGCUCUCGCAUUCGUCGCGAUCGCGGAGCCAAAAUCGCAGUCGAAGAAAGACAAACGAGGCGUGACGUUAUUCGGACCAUCUGGAUACGAUUUCUUCGGAGUGGCGCCAAUUUUUUCCACCUCGCCAUGGGCCCCCAGCAGCUACGGAUCUGCUCCUUGGAAUCCUUCGGGAAUACCAGACGUUCCUCUGACGCAAGUCCAAGUUCAAGCCACGCACAACGUCGCUGUUCAGGCUCUGAAGGACCCAGCUCCCGGAACUCCCACCAUCGCUUAUCCUCCAGACGUUCUUAGGGCUAUCCAGCAGGCCAACGAAGCGAACCAUAACGUGCACGCGGCUCAACAGAAGGUAGCAGAGGCUAAGCAAGCUGCAGUUAUUCAGCAAAAGGUUGCUCUAGCGAAAGAGGCUGCGGCGAGGGAGGCUGCAGCUAGGUCGCAGGAAAUUUCCUCAUCCGCCGAAGCGGACGCCAGAUCUAGCGCGAAGCAGCUAGUGGCCCUGCAGCAGAAAUUGGCGUCUUUGAAGGAUGCAGUUGCAGCUGCGCAACGGGUGGCCGCAGCCAGGGAAGCGGCUGCAGCAGCUGCAAUUCAACGGAACGCUGCCGCGACCGCCGCCGAGUUGCAAAAGCAGGACGUUGACAAACAGAUCAGUCAAAGUGAACAGGAAGCCAAGGAAAAGGACGUCAUAGCAGCGAAGGAAAAUGCUGUAGCAAACGCUGUGCAGCUUGCCGCGUUGCAGAAGCCACCCCAUCACCCCUGGGGUCGUUGAGGGCCUCAUCGCCUUAUAAACACGA